GCGCAGCUGGGAGUUGUUUGCGGCAGUUUGAGUGACAUGUUUGCAUACAGGCCGCUAAUUUAGGGGACCCCCGCUCACCUUCGAGUUUAGUGUACGCCUCGUGAGCACUUGAAGAACACUCGCACGAAGCUCCGCACGCGUUCAAGCCAAAGACUGCGUAGAAAGUGAGUGGUGGUGUUCCCUCGACCAGUUUGCGCGACUCCGACUUGGAUUUUACACACCGUUGCUACAGGAUAACGUUCGUACCGCAGACCGAGAUGGCAGCCGACGUGGUGACCUACACGACACUCGAGACCUUCUCGCACGAGGACCUCGUCAAGCCCGAUCCCGACGCGUCGCCCUUGGCGGACCACAGCUCCUCAGGGCCCGAGGCCGAGGAGGACCCGUCCCGCUCCAAGAGGUACGAGCGCAAGCGGCGGUACUCCAAAUCGAGCGCCUCCUCGGACGAUGGGUCGACCGGCGGCGGGUCCGUCGGCGGCAAGAGCCACGGGAAAAAUCGCAAGAAGACGUCGAAGGCGGAGAGUUUCGAGGACCUGCAGAACCAGAGGGUGCUUGCCAACGUGCGGGAGCGACAACGAACACAGGUGAAUCAGAAAGACUCUUUGAACGAAGCCUUCUCGUCUCUACGAAAGAUCAUCCCCACCCUGCCUUCCGACAAACUCUCCAAAAUACAGACACUGAAGCUGGCGGCUCGGUACAUAGACUUCUUGUAUCAGGUCCUCAGAUCGGACGACACCGACACCAAGAUGGCGUCUUCCUGUUCGUACGUGGCGCACGAGAGACUGAGCUACGCCUUUUCGGUCUCCAGGCAAGAGCUGUACUUUGGGCUAGGAGCGCCACCUAGCGGACCCAACCACUUCUGAGAACUGCAGGGGUUCCGGCUAACAGACUCCGCCAGCCCGUCAUUGUGCCAAAGGAUUUCCAGAGCGCUAUAAUGGAGACAGCAAAAGACAGAGAGACCCGAAAAUCCGUCCACGAUUUUCCCGCCGAAAUGCUGAGUCGUCGUCUUGCCACCCAAAGCCCUGUUGUGCUGCGCCGAAUUGUGACACUAUGUCGUGAAGUCUGCUGGCCAACAAGGGACUUUGACGACAAACACGAACAUUUUUCAGAGCAGACAAUGGUGGAUUUUGUCGUCCCAAACGAACGAGACGGAAGACAUGUUGGCAAAUAUCGAAGUGUUGUUUUAGGCAGAAAGGACGGCCCGGGCACACAAGGGGGUGGGCUGAGCCGAGGUAUUAGCACACAGAGAAAUGUUUUAUAUCACGCAAGGACAAUGUUUUACCACACGGACAGUUUUGUUUUGCGACGCCCUGUCCUUUUUCUCGCCUUGGUACGGAAUCCGAUCCCUUCCCACUAAGAAAACUUUCCCACGCAAACAACCCAACGUCAAAUACUUCACAGAAUUUGCAAACUUGUCCCGAAAUUUGCACUCUCAACCCUCUCUAUACACCCUACUGAAGUCAUAUUUAUAAAGCGAGUUAACUGUUUAUUCGUCGCGAUCAGUGGUUUGGUUUUUCUCACAGUUUUACAUGCGCUUGUCAUUUUUCAUACAUGUUUAGACCGAAGUCUCGUUAAACUUGGAAAUGACAAUAUUGUAAGAAAAAACGACACAGAGAACCUGAAGGGCAACCAACACCGAUCUGUUGUGAGACAGUGCGGUUCGUGUGGGCUCACCGGUUGUGGACACGGCCCCAGACCACUGUCUCCUACCAGCUUUCUCAGUUAUUCUUUCUCGUUUAUCUGUGAAAGAAAACAGAACCCUGCUAAUAGAAAGUGUGAAAGUUUGGGGGAGGGAUUUAUUCUCCUUUUGACCUCUCACCUUCCCAAGCUACCGAAAGAUAACGUGUUCUCGAGUCUUCCUAUUCACACAGAUUUUUAAGUUCAUUUUUAUAGGAAAUUUAAAUUUCCUUCUUUCUACGACUCCAAAGAAAAUCAACCACUGACCACGGUGUCGAACUAGAACUGAGGUAAACAUGUAGUUUCUGCCACACAAAAAAAGUAUUUAACGAAUCUUUAAGAAAUGAAAUGUUUCAAUAUCGGUCCUUUCUGUCUGGGCAACUUGAUGACAAUCCCAAUUACCAAAGAGGCCAAAGUGGCCGUUGUUCUGUCGAGUUUUGUACAUUGUAUUCCUAUGAUAGAGUUAUCUUUGUAUUGUUGUCUGGAGAUUAUUGUGUAUUUUAUAUUUUUGGUCGUUGAAUAUAUAUUUCGAAUUUUAUCUAAA